AAGGAGUUUGAUCUCCAGGAUGGAGCCCUACCUCGAGUGAGGAAUGCUAUUCUCCGCCUGUGGCGUUGGUUUGGCACAAUGGAAGCAUGUCCUCCAGCCCUUCGCAAGGAGGACAUCUGGGACUACCUCAGCAGCCUUCCCCCUUCGACGCGGGAAGAGAUGUACACGACACUUUCCUGGAUUGGAAGUGCCUACUUACAAAAGUACGGCAUGGAAUGGAGGGAAGGCGUAGCCUGGCGUAAGAUCGAGGAGCUCCGGUUCCACCAUGCCGAUUUAUUAUGCACGACAUACAUGUGUAUGGAGCACAUACGCAACGGCAUGGCGAAUGUCCGCAAGCAGCUGUCCGCAGCUCAGUCACUCGACAUCAACGAAGCCUUUGGCCAUCCUUCUAACUGGUGGACUUGGAAACGUUGGGAAACAGGGCCUUACAAUCGGCUGUACCCGAUUCCGACGGCCGAAGACACCUACGUCAUCGAUAUCGUUGGCACUCGUGCAGAUGGCGAAAUCUGGAUGAUGGAGCCCAAUGAAGACGGCGACUACCUGCACGUGUUGAAGGAGGCCAUUCCCUUUCCCGUUGGUACGCAAUUUAACUGGAGGCAAGGUAUUCCCAUUGAGCUGGAUUUCCCUUGGGUGUUCGAGAGGAUUGCCUAUUGGCAUUGGGCUGAGUGGAAGUACGAAUGUCUUGGUAUCCGACUUUUGAUGAGUGAGCCUUGAAGCCACAUGUCGAAUACUAUGGACGGUGGAACCCAUUCGACUAAGCUCAACGGAAAGGGAAAUGAGUGGUUGUAGAGCUUGAUAGGACAAGGUCAUCGAAAUGUUCAAGGUAGACAUGAUUUGUGG